UGGGGCGGCUGUCCGACCUACCCCGUGGGCGCGGCGGGACGGACGGGAAGCUGUCUGGUCAGUGCCCGGGCCGGCCGGCCGGGCGGGGUCUUGAGGCCCGGGCACCUGCCGGAGGCCAGGCGCUUGGCCCCGAGGGGUGGCGAACCGGGGCAGCUGCCCUGCACCCCUCCAGCCUCCGCCCCGGGCGGCUCGCUCUCCCUCCUGUACCGAGGGGGUCUUAGUGACCGUUGUCCCCGGGGAGCCAGGCCCGGUUUGGGGGGAGGGGGGUCAGCGGGAGGCUGCCCAGGAGCUGCUGCCUCUGACUAUCGCCUUGGGCCAGCUGACAAACUGCUGAAUUUAGCUUAGUGAAGGUCACCAACUGAGCGCAGUUAAGCUUCUAAUGGUUAUUUUCUGUUGAUGUUGCUGGCAUGGAAAGCACCCUGGAAGAAUGCAGUUCAAGAUUACGUAUCGUGUCGGGAGAAAUGGACAGCAGCAGUUUCAUUCAGUUUGAUGUGCCUGAGCACAGCAGCACCGUUCUGAGCCAACUAAAUGAGCUCCGCCUGCAAGGGAAGCUAUGCGACAUCAUCGUCCACAUUCAGGGUCAGCCCUUCCGAGCCCACAAAGCCGUCCUCGCAGCCAGUUCCCCGUAUUUCCGGGACCAUUCAGCACUGAGCACUAUGAGUGGCUUGUCGAUCUCUGUGAUUAAGAAUCCCAGCGUGUUCGAGCAGUUGCUCUCCUUCUGUUACACUGGAAGGAUGUCCUUGCAGCUGAAGGACGUUGUCAGUUUUCUGACUGCAGCCAGCUUUCUUCAGAUGCAGUGUGUCAUUGACAAGUGCACACAGAUUCUAGAGAGCAUCCACUCAAAGAUCAGUGUGGGAGAAGUUGACUCUGUUACCAUUGGUGCUGAAGAGAAUUCUGAGAGCCGAAAUGGUGUGAAAGAUGGCAGCUUCUUCACCAAUCCUGUUGAGAUCUCCCCUCCGUACUGCCCUCAGGUACGGCAGCCUCCAGUCAGCAGUGAUCUCCGGAUGGAGACAACCCCCAACAAAGCCCUUCGGAGCCGCUUGCAGGAAGAGGGACACUCAGAUCGGGGGAGCAGUGGGAGUGUGUCUGAGUAUGAGAUUCAGAUAGAAGGGGACCAUGAGCAAGGGGAUUUGUUGGUGAGAGAGAGCCAGAUCACUGAGGUGAAAGUGAAGAUGGAGAAGUCUGACCGGCCUAGCUGCUCUGACAGCUCUUCCCUGGGUGAUGACGGCUACCACACAGAGAUGGUUGAUGGGGAACAAGUUGUGGCUGUGAAUGUGGGUGCCUAUGGCUCUGUACUCCAGCAUGCGUAUCCCUACUCCCAGGCAGCUUCACAGCCUUCCAGUGUGCCAGAAGCUUUUGGAGGUCAGACCAAUUCCAGUCCAUCCAGGUCCAUGCUGAGCUGCUUCCGAGGCCGUGGGGCCCGCCAGAAGCGGGCUCUGUCUGUUCACCUGCACAGUGACCUGCAGGGUGUGGUGCAGGGGUCUGACAGUGAAGCCAUGAUGAACAACCCCGGUUAUGAGAGCAGUCCCCGGGAGAGGAGUGCCAGAGGUUACUGGUACCCAUACAAUGAGAGGUUGAUCUGUAUUUACUGUGGGAAGUCCUUUAACCAGAAGGGAAGCCUCGACAGGCACAUGCGGCUGCAUAUGGGAAUCACCCCCUUUGUAUGCAAGUUCUGUGGGAAGAAGUACACACGCAAGGACCAGCUGGAGUAUCACAUCCGGGGCCACACUGAUGACAAACCAUUCCGAUGCGAGGUCUGUGGGAAGUGCUUUCCAUUCCAGGGCACCCUCAACCAACACCUGCGGAAAAACCACCCAGGUGUCACCGAGGGCAGGGGUCGAAUGGAGUCCCCCGAAAGAACAGAUGUGUAUGUGGAACAGAAACUUGAAAGUGAUGCGUCAGCCUCAGAGAUGGCGCUAGAUUCCCGCCUGGAAAUCCACACAGUGUCUGAUGCGCCUGACUAAGGAGCACCUGAACAAAGCACAUCAGUCAAUGCACCGUUGUGAUUUGCUUGGUUGUAAUCUUUGCUUUUCCCCACUACAUGGAAAUCUCUCGGGGGUUUGUUUGUUUUUUUUUUUCUAGUUUCUCUGAAGGUUCUGGGUGGGGUACUCUUGUGUUUACCCUUCCCUCCAUUCCCCUCCCCCAAGGAGCUCAAAGCAUGAAGGGCAGCAUAUCCAGGGAAAACACAGGCUGACAGAAUUCCUCUUUGGCUAAAUGCUUCUCCCAACUCUGCCAGUGAUUCAGCUAUGCCAACUGGUUGACCCCACAUUCUCUGUUAAGAGGCAGGCACUCACUGUGGGUGCUAGCCCCAGUGCAUUUUCAUGGUGAGAGGCUAGGAGGCUGUCAGCUGGUACAAAUGGGUAAUCUUUUCUAAUUUAAAAUUACUUUUAGGGGGUAGUUAGACAAUUUUUAUAUAUAUAUAAUAAAGUGGUUAUUAUAUAUAUAGUAUAUAUACAUUCUCAAAUUUGAGUUUAUUCUGGUUGAGGUGAAUGUAAGAGGA